GCCUUGCUCCUUCAUCCACGAUGCAAGCUCCUGCUUCGUUCUUGUUUUCUCUCUUCUACGGGCUCACCAUAGUCCUGCUGCCAUGUUCGAGCGCGAAGCCUGUGGCCGCGCUCGCCUUUCAAUGCGACUUCACCGGAUACCUGUCCGCUUACUAUGCCUUGCGGGACUGGUGGAUCAACUUGCAAGGUCCGCACCUCAGUCUUCAUCCUUCGCUGGACGUCUGAUUUCUGUCAUCCAAAAUGUUCCACGUAUGCUCGCGAUCACGGCCUCGAACUCGCCCGCCACGGGAAAAGCGCCAUCGAAGUCGCCUCCUAGGAUUGGCGCGCAGUGGAGAUUCGUUACCCCGACGUCAAAGGGGCUGUCGAGGGUUCGGGUCCGUUUGGCACUUGACGAUGCCAUGCAGCUCAAGCCUCCCCACGACCUCACGAAAGCGAAGAAAGAUAUUGGGCGAGUCCGAUGACCUAUUAUGAUUACUCAGCUGCGAUAGAUUAAUGUGCACAAGAUAGCUGACUUUCGCUAUAUUGUAUACGACGAGUUGUAGUUUUGCGGUAGACCGCCUUGCCACAAC